AUGAUCGGGCAGAAGACUCUCCACUCCUUUUUCUCCUCCAGCGCACCUAGGAAGCGGCCCUCGUGCACAGACCUACCGGAGGACCCCGACUCGGAGGCGGUGGCGGCGGCGGAGAGCGAAGAUGCCACGAUCAGCCCCGCCAAGAAGAGCCGGCCCGAGGACCAACCCAGCACCCCCUCCUCGCCCCUGAGCCCCGAGCAGCUGGACCGGAUCCAGAAGAACAAGGCAGCGGCCCUGCUCAAGCUCGCCUCCCGAAAUGUCCCCCCAGGCUUCGGGGAGAGCUGGAAGCGGCCCCUGAGCGCCGAAUUUGGCAAGCCUUAUUUCCUAAAGCUAAUGGGAUUUGUUGCAGAAGAACGAAAACAUCAUACCAUUUACCCACCUCCACACCAAGUCUUCACCUGGACACAGCUGUGUGAAAUUAGAGAUGUAAAAGUUGUCAUCUUGGGGCAGGACCCCUACCAUGGACCCAACCAAGCUCAUGGACUCUCCUUCAGUGUUCAGAGACCUGUUCCGCCCCCUCCAAGCUUGGAAAAUAUCUAUAAAGAGUUGUCCACAGAUAUAGAUGGCUUUUCCCAUCCUGGGCAUGGAGAUUUGUCUGGAUGGGCCAAACAGGGUGUUCUCCUCCUCAAUGCUGUGCUCACAGUCCGAGCUCACCAGGCCAAUUCGCACAGGGAGAGAGGGUGGGAGCAGUUCACUGACGCUGUGGUGUCUUGGUUAAAUCGGAACUCGAAUGGCCUCGUCUUCAUGCUCUGGGGAUCCUACGCGCAGAAGAAAGGCCUCUCCAUCGACAGGAAGCGCCACCAUGUCCUGCAGACUGCCCACCCCUCUCCGCUCUCUGCCUAUCGAGGGUUCUUUGGGUGCCAGCAUUUCUCCAAGACCAACGAGUUGCUCAAGAAGUCUGGCAAGAAGCCAAUUGAUUGGAAAGCUCUUUGAAGUCCUUGGAGCUGGUCUGGAGGGAAGGGUCCAUCUCUCUUGGCUUUGAAAAGCUCUUUUUGUUGGGGGCCUGGGGUGGGGGAUUUGUCUGAUGGUCCAAGUCUAAUAGAGAAAACAAUGGCGGGACCCCCUCUUGGGGGCCUGAGAAGUAUCCAGAAAGACUGAAGGUGGCCCUGAGCCAGAGCACCUGCUCGGGAUGCCAACCGUUAGUCUGAGGCUUUCUCGAGCUGGUCAGUGGGGAAAGGGUGGUGCCCCUUUGUUCGAGGCAGCUGAAACGUUGCUUUGCAUCGGCUAACCUGGGCUGUCCACCCUGUGGGUUUGGGUCAUUUUAUUAAUUUGCUGGUCUACAAGGAAAAGCGGAUGAUCCCUUGGAGCUCUGCAGAAGGGAGGCGGCCUCUGGAGGCUGAAGGGAGGAGGGGGCUCCAUUUUAGCUCAGGGGGAUUGAGGGAGCCCCCGCCAUGGGGAACAUUCAGAAAGAUCCGCUGGGGUGAUUCACAAACACUUGGGGGAAGGUGGGAAAUUCUGGUUCUGGUUCUGGUUCUUUUAACUGAGAUGCCAAAGUAGAGAGGUUUGCUCGGCCCGGAGGAGGCCAUGACAAUCCACAAGUUCUUGGGCAGUCCUGAGAAUACAAACAGGACUUCCUCUCCAAAGGAACGGACAUCCUGUGCCGGACGGAGCAUUCUGGGGGCCGGCCAGGAAGCCGGCUGUCUGUCUGUCUUUGGGGAUAGGGGAUGGGGCAAGGGGCUCUCAUGGAACAAAAGCCCCUCCUUCUGUGCCCCUCUGACCAAAGCAGCAGCACUGACUGACGGUAGCAAAUGUAUACAACCAGUUUGACACUUUUUAUACGAAGGAUGUUUUGUUCUCUUAUUUUUUUUAAUCGUUUUUACAGACUUUUAGUUUUUUAUGGGGGGCUGCGUCAAUCCACCACAGAUGGGGGUGUCUGGCUUGUGCUGCUAUGGGGGCCUUGGGCUGAUCUGGGUAAUAAAACACGAUUUGAUUCUUGUGUUGAAAGAGGAGGUCCUGGGUUCGGAUUUGGUCUCAGCCGCUUCCUAGUCACGUGUUUGCGGGUGCUGGGAUCCUGGGAUCCUGGGCUUUAGCCCAAAGUACCCGCCAAUGUCUUUUCUGGGGUUCCAUUGAGGCCCUCCAGUCAUUUGUGAAAUGCUGACAAAGCCCCUGGCUUGUAAGGGCUGGAGAGAGGUGUUCUUCAUGAUGGCAGGGUGCCCGAGGACCAGGGCAGGCCCGCCCUUCAGAUGGAGCUUCAAGGCACUUCCUAGCUGGGUGACCCUG